UCUGGGCCACUGCCCCACAGAGCGCGGCUGAAGUCAGGGCGACAGCAAACCUCUGAACUGGGGAGCCAGACCUCCUGUUGCAGGGCGUCCUCCCCCCCACCCCCCACGAUGACAUCAUGUGUUUGGGGCUGAGUCGCUCCAUAAAAGCUGCUCCUGGGGAGCCAUGAGCCCAAAGAACAGGCGUGCUCGCACGGUGCCCGGGCUACGCACACGCGGUCCCGGUGCGCGCCCUGCCGGCCCCAGCGCAGCGACCAGAUCAAAAAGGAGCAGAAGCCCGGGGCAGCCUGCGCCAGCCACCCGAAGAUGCCCCACCGCAGGCUGCAGGCAGCUGCCGUCCUUCUGCUCCUGAUCUUAAAGGAACAGUCUUCCAGCUCAGCCCCACUCAACGGAUCCGAGUGGACCUAUUUUGGUCCUGACAGGGAGAAGAGCUGGUCCAAGAACUACCCAUCAUGUGGGGGCCUGCUGCAGUCCCCCAUAGACCUGCACAGUGACAUCCUCCAGUAUGAUGCUAGCCUUGUGCCCCUGGAGUUCCAAGGAUACAACGUGCCUGCCAACGAGCAAUUUAUCCUGACCAACAAUGGCCAUUCAGUGAAGCUGAAGCUGCCCCCAGGCAUGCACAUCCAGGGAUUCCGGUUCCGCUACAGUGCCACGCAGCUACACCUGCACUGGGGGAACCAGAACGAGCCCCACGGCUCCGAGCACACUGUCGGUGGGAAGCACUUUGCUGCGGAGCUGCAUAUUGUCCAUUACAACUCGGACCUGUACCCCAAUGCCAGCACCGCCAGUAACAAGUCAGAAGGCCUUGCUGUCCUAGCUGUUCUCAUAGAGACGGGCUCCUUCAAUCCAUCCUAUGACAAGAUCUUCAGUCACCUUCAAGAUGUAAAGUACAAAGGCCAAGAAGUGUUCAUUCCAGGUUUCAGCAUUGAAGAGCUGCUUCCCGAGAGACCCGCUGAGUACUACCACUACAAAGGGUCCCUGACCACCCCUCCUUGCCACCCCUCUGUGCUCUGGACGGUUUUCAGGAACCCUGUGCAAAUUUCCCAGGAGCAGUUGCUGGCUUUGGAGACGGCUUUGUAUUGCACACACAAGGAUGACCCGUCCCCCAGAAAAAUGGUCAACAACUUCCGGCGGGUCCAGAAGUUUGAUGAGAGGCUGGUGUACAUCUCCUUCCGACAAGGGACAGUGAGUGAGGGCAGCUACAGAGGAUCAGAAGAAACCAUGCAGGAACUUGAGUCUGACGUCUCAAAGUAACCCCCGCUUGUGCUGAUGGACGGGGCGUUGGGAGUAAUUAGCCAUCUUCUUAGACCAGCUCAGGUCUAAGUGGGCGCUUGUAGAGUGGGCAGUGCAGCCCAGCAUGCUUCAGUAGACCCUUCCAGCCUGGCUAAGGGUACUUGAGGGGGGCCCUAGGCAGAAGCCCCCAGUCCACCUCCUGGCUUAGGACACCAAGAUCAAAGGCCAAAUGCAACUUUGCCACUGCCCCUCCUGCUCAGCUCACCCAGAGCUGCUGCGGUCAAGAGCCCAGGCUGGGCUCAGCGCUCUCCUUGGAGGGAGAAUCCAUGGCAGUCCAAGGCAAACUGGUUCAUUUGGAGGCUGAUUAUAGAAACUUGGCCAGAAUUCUGCCCUCCCUCUCACUUCCAAAAGAUGCAGGCCCCAAACAGGGCUGCUACCAAAGAACAAUGAGGAGGCAGCCCCAGAGGAGUGACGCCCAGACCUCACCCCCCAGGGGUGCUGCAUUUAGAAGGGCCUUCUCACACCAACCUGAAGCAGACCUCAGACAUGCUGUUUCCGGUGUAUGGGGUGAGCCUGUUUGUCAGGGUGAACCCUGAGCAAUUCGGACUCAAAUAUUUGUACCCUUUGCCGCUGAGGCAGUUUGUAACUGGGUCUGGUUUCCUCAGGGUUUUCUUUGGAAGUUAUCAGGAACUAUGGAGUUGGAAAAUUUCGUCAGGAGAAAAGUCAUGUUAAGGAAAUCCUCUGGGAGAAAAAGUGCAUGGACUUUGAGGUGUAACCAAAUUGAAACAAUUGGGACUGAAUUGUUGAACUUGACCCUGGUUUGUCCUCAACUGUGCUUAGAAAAGGAGUACAAGACCUGGUUUCUGUCCUCAAGAGGUAUAUAGUGUAACCAGGACUUAGCCCAAGGGCAGGGUUUCUCAGCCCUUGUACUAACUGACAUUUGGGGGCUGGACAUGGCUUGUUGUAGGGGGCUGUCCUGCGCACUGUAGCCCUGGCAGCCUCCCAGGCCUCUACCUGCCAAUGCCAGUACAUCCCCCCAUUUGUGACAGUCAAAAAUGUCUCCAAACGUGGCCAAACGUCUGCGGGGGAGGAGGGGCAAAACUGCCUGAUGGAGAACCACUGCCCCGGAGACUGUACAACUUUCCUAGACCCAGACUGAUUUUUUCCACUCAUAUCACAGGAUUCUAGAGUUUUAUAUUAUAUGACCUGGUCUUUAUUCUAUUACGGCAUGACAUGUUCAGUCUGGUGAUGGUCACGCCUGAGACAAUACGGGUCGGGUCACUAAGUUAGAACAACCAAACCCAAGAGAAAUUCUGGGCCCCACCUUCCUUUAGAAGGUCAGUACAUAUUCUUCUUAUAUAAUUGCGUAUGUCCAAGGCUAAGAGAAGGGGAUGAGAGAGAACGAUUCCCCUUUAAGAUUAUAACUCCCAUUAUUAGGGUUCCAGACGCCUCUGAGGUAGCAACUUUCUUCGGAAUCCGCUCAUCAUUUUUCUCCUCCUACCCUUCUGGACACGUUUUUCUCUCAUAAAUUUUCUGUUUCUUUUUGCCCUUGGUUAAAAUGCCCACUCUUUAUAGAGAGGUGAAAGCCAUGCCAGAUGCUUUUUUCAGCUCUAAAAACUGCCCCUUCCAAGUGGCACAAAUGGAAAACUGGAGCGGAAGAGGGGAAACAAGACUCCUUAUCUUCAAGAUUAGAUCCCGGAGAGGGGAACACAUCCUGGGACCAUUCCCGAUCUCAUAGGAAGUCAGGUGUCCGGUGGGAGGAAGGAGACAACAGGGGCAGGCGGACAGUUCAGGGGCCCAGCUCUUGGUUCCUUCCAGUUGAAUUCUUCCCAGACAAAGACACCAACACCAGGUCCAGAUGGUGCUUAAUAAGGCAAGAGCCCAGCAAAGCUAAAUACUAAUGCUAUCUAGCUCUGUUUCAACACGUCAAGGGAACCUGAGGGACAAGAGGUAGCCAAAAAGUUUCUAUAAUCAUGUGUUUAGUGGCCUUGCUCUGAGCAAUGCAUGUCCCCUGCCGUAGAGCCCAGAGCCAGCUGAGGCACUUACACAGGAGCGCUGGACAGUAGAGGGGUAGGGCUCUCACCCACCAUUAGAAUCUGCUUGACCCUGAGGGAACGGGGUAAAUGUAUAAAACCUUUAACAAAGAGAUAGAAAGAAGUCUUACAAAGCUAAGAUGGCUAAUUAUCUAAUUUUUUGAGACUCGAAUGUAUGCUUUGUGGUUAUUGACCUGGUGUUUCUAAAAGUUCUUAUUUAUAAAUAAAACCUAUUAGAUGCAAAGGUAUCAAUUCUUCCAAAGUAUCCACAUGGAAGUCCAGAGGAGUUCCUAUUUUCCAGUUCCCCCUGGACACAGGGCACUGCAUCAUCAGGAAUAAUCACCAAACAUGCUAAGCAGUGAAGUCCUUCAUCUAAUGGAACUCAGCACACUACGUGCUUCCUGAGCACACCUCAGGUGAAACAUGGGGGGACCAGAAAGCCCCCCCAUGGACAUUACGCUGCUCCUAACACCGAGCCUCUGGCACACAGCACAUCCUGCUCAGGAAAGACAGCAGGAAAAGGGCUCGGGCACAAGGCUGGGACCACCCUUUGUGAGGUGGUCCCACUGACCUUCCCAACACUGUCACAUCCUGGCACCAUCUGCACCCUGGAGGGCCUCCCUUAGCAUGGCAGGUGCUUUCUUCACAUGUGGACACUAUUUGCUUUGCCCACACUAUUCCCUUUGUCUAGGAGGCCCUCACCUCUUCCACCUGGAAAAUUCUUUCAAGACUCGAUUCUACAUGCCCUCUCCAUCCCCCUGAAGGCGACUUAGGUCUCCUUCAAUGCGGCUGGAACAACACGCUCAUCUCUUUAUGGUUCUUAGCGCACCACAGGGUGAAGAUUUAUUACAAUACAGAAAAGGAAAGAGAGAAAACAUGUCCAUAUUAUCCACACACUACCAGCCCCCGAAGGACCGCGCUGGUGAACACUUUACUCACUUUUCGUGCCUGGCAUCAUGUCUGGUGCUCACGACAAGUCUGAAAGAAUGUAACAGAUCCAGCUCCCUUCCCCUCCUCUCCCGAGUGUCUUCUUUGCAGGAGGAUUAGAACAUAAGCCUGACCGAUGGUCAAAUUUAGUUUAAGUCUUAUUUUGCUUUGUUACCAAAUUGCCAACAGCAUGAAAAUCAAUCCAUUUGUUUAAGGAAAAUUACAGAUCAACUUAACGGCCAAGUUUUGAAGGUGUGGGAGGGAGUUGCCUAGAGGUGCUCUCAGGCUUUCCAUUGCUCUGAUCGGGAUAAAAGGCCCCCGUUUCCCCCC